AUGUCGCGAGAAAUCGACAGACUGGCUGAGCCAGCGGACAAGAAGAAGGCCAAGGUGAUCGUCGCCAGCUGUAGCCGAACUGGGACACUUGGCCUCUACUUUGCCAUGAAGAUACUGGGCUACAAGCCCUACCACAUGUACGAAGCCGUACUCGUGCACCGCACGGCACACAUCACCGCCCUACUAGAGGCAGUAACCGCGCAGCAUAAUCGGUUCUCGGGCAUCAGACGGUUCAACAAAGCUGAUUUCGACAAGUUGACCGCCGAAUAUGAUUGCCUCGUUGAGAUCCCGAGUUACCUAGGCCCAGCCCUCCUCGACGAGUACGCGCAGGAUCCCGAGGUCAAGUUCAUCCUGACGGAGCGUGACCCCGAUCGGUGGGCCAAGUCGGUCAACAGCACCGUGGGCUUUGUGAUCAAGGCGUCGGCUUCCUUUCCAUUGAGCGUUCUCAAGCAUUUCGACAAAGAAUUAGGCAGUUUCCUGGCCCUCAACGUCGCCAUGUACGGCGCCAUUGCUGACGGCACAAAGCCGGGCCAGCCUGGUAACGAGGCUGCUCUCAGUCGGAACUAUGUUGAGUAUAUCAAGGCCGUCAAAAAUACGGUUCCUAAAGAGCGUCUGCUGGUCGUCAAGCUUGAAGAUGGGCUCGGAUGGGAGCAGAUCUGCCCGUUCCUGGGUGUGCCCAUUCCAGAAGAGGAAUAUCCGCGUGGUAACGAGGUCGAUAAUUUCCAGGCCAAGGCGCAGGAAUACUUUGAGGAGAGAACCAGAGCCGCUAUGCUUAGGCUGGGGGCGCUACUUGUGCCUGCGUUGGGCGUUUUUGGUUACCUUGGAUGGAAAUAUUUUGAUAAAUGGGCAUAG